AUGCUCAGUUUCAACUCCGCCCCCGCGCGCCUUAUGCCUUUCCUCUGGCUCGCUGCGCUUCCCCUCACCGCGUCCAAUCACGUUACGUGUAGCUGGGAUGGACCAGGCGCACACGUCGACCCCACCAAGCACAACUUCACUCUAUACUGCAAGGCCGAGGGCUACCGCUUCGACGUGCCAGGCUUUGCCGCUUACAUCUGUGAGAAGGAGGAGGCCAUUUGGGACAACCGCGUCGCCGACUAUGGCUUCCUCAGGGAGGAGACGCUAGAGAUGCGGACCGCAUGUAAUGGUGACGGCUUUGCAGGUGACAAGUGCCGCUUCAGCAACUGGGGAAUAUGCAUUCCUGACGAACAUGGGGCCGGGGAGUGUAAAUAUGUUAAUAAGUUCGAUGAUUGCGAGUGGCCGCAGACGUUCAAGUGGGCCAAGGCGCCACGCUAUGUCUCGAUCUACUACCAGUGA